AUGGAACAACAGCUUCAAGAUAUACUGGCUUCGCUCAAUCAGGAUCAAUCGCUUAUCUUAUCGCAGAGUCUUGAUGCGUCUUCCCCCGAAGGCCGCGACACCUGGAUGAUGCUGGGAAAGCGAUUGAAAGUUGAGGGUAUCACGUCGAAACAAAUCCAGAAGCAUUCUAUUGAAUUGGUCAAUGCUAUUAAAACGACAAUAGGUCAGCUGUCAAGCCCAGAGUCAUAUGAGACGGCGCCAGAAUAUUUCGGUAGAAGCCACGAAAUGCCUCACUCCGUGACAACAUCUGUUCCUGACGGCUCGAUAGCUAGUUUUGGCUCAGGACCCCAACGGGGCGCACUUUUUCCAAGCCAAUUGACGGCAAACGUCGAUUUUAGAUCAAAAGAUUGGACUGCAGAGUCAAAUAUCCAAUGCGGCGUGACUUCUUUGCUCAGAGGACUAGAAUCUAGAGACACCGAGGAUACGGACCCUCUCAGCCUGGACACCAGUAAGACUACGGAUGUAGGAGACACCCCGAGUGAGCCAUCUGAGUACGAGGCAGCGAGCGAAAAGACUCUUUCCGUCGUAAAAUAG